AUGGCAUACCCUUCCCGGAAACCAGAGCCUUACAUUCAGGCCAUUUGCAAAGAAUGCUCUCAACCCUUGGAAUUCUUACCAUCUCCUGGUGUAAAGAGCACCAAGGUGGAGGUGCAAUGCUGGUCGUGUCGAGCUAUUUCGUCUUUUGAAAUUGAUGUUACUGGAACCAAGCUCAAGACGAAUGCUAGCAAGGCGACAUCCAAGUGGUCAAGAAAACGAGGCACUGACGAGAAUCCAUUGUCAACAGAUUACUACGACGCUCUUGGAGUAGCACCUUUAGCAACACAAAUAGAAAUCAAGAAAGCAUAUAGAAAAUUAGCCAUUAAAUACCACCCAGACAAGAAUCCCAAUGACCCUACAGCAGAGGAAAAGUUUAAGAAGAUAUCUGAAGCAUACCAAGUGCUAUCCGAUCCUGCAUUGAGAAAGAGAUACAAUGAAUUCGGUGAAGAGAACGGCGUGCAUCCAGACGGAGGAUUUAUGGAUCCUGAGGAUUUCUUCAAGCAAUCAUUCGGUGGUGAUCGUUUUGUAGACAUUAUUGGCGAGAUUUCCAUCGGCAAAGACAUGAGAGAGGUAUUGGAAUCACACGAGCAGGAGCAAGAAGAGGUGGAUCCCAAACUACUGACACCAGAGCAAAAGGCAAAACGGGAGGAAAAGAAGGAGAAACUAGAGAAGGCGCGCAGUGCUGCCCGAGAAACCCGAGUGCAAACAUUAACGACGAAAUUGAUCAACAAGCUUAGCUUAUAUACCGAACUCAACGAUAUCCCUGAGGAAGCUCGAUCAGCAGCAUUCUCCAACAUCAUCCAAAUUGAAGCUGAAGACCUUAAGCGGGAGAGCCAUGGUGUAGAGUUGUUGAAUGCCAUAGGUUAUACAUACGCAGCCAAAGCACAGCAAUACAUUAGCAAGGGAUUUGCGUUUGGAUUAGGCGGCAUGUUCCAUUCUAUGAAGGAGAAGGGAUACAUACUUAGUGAGACUGUAGGUACACUUAGGUCUGCACUUGAUCUGCAAUCCAGUUAUACAGAAUUGCAAAAGGCAGAGGAGAAGGGUAUCUUGACAGAGGAACAAAGAAUCAAGUUGGAAACUGAAGCUGCAACAAAGGGUCUUCAAGCUAUAUGGAGAGGCUCCAAGCUGGAGGUUGAGAGUGUGCUGAGAGAAGUAUGCGAUCGAGUAUUGACAGAUCCCACUGUGCCUAGAGAAACACUCAAAAGCCGAGCCAUUGGGUUGAGAAUCAUUGGUACCAUUUACAUGAAAGUGAAGGCUGAUGUAACCCCUGAAGAUAUCCCGAUUCCCACCACACCACCACAGCCUAAAGCUACACAGCCCACUGAUACAUCAAGAAGCAGCACGAGUAGUAACAACACAGCACCUUAUGCUGCAUUGUAA